AAUACUCAUCAGCUUCCUAGGGCUCCAUAGUCCAUACAUUACGAAGGAAACUGAAACCAGGACGAGGAGGGAUACUGCACAAUUAUCUACACUCGAUCUGCGAGUAUUCCAGUUUGUCUUCGACGAUCCUGCAUCUUCUAUUGGUAAAAUCUCGAUUUUGACUACCUUCCACCUCACUAAACGGAAAUGGGAGAGGAGGCUGCCCCGACACCAGGACUCGAAGGUUCCUCUUCCACCGUCAACCAGGGCCGGACUAUUGAAGAAUGCCAGAAUAUGAUUCAACGGAGCCUCCGAACACCUAUGGUGAAAUUUUUGAGGGAACGUAUGGAGAAAGCUGGGUGUGGAGUGAGCGACAACCUCAUCAAGGCUGUGCACUGUAAGAUGCAGAUGAGUGGUGGUUAUAGUCCAAGUCAAGGGAUUGUGAUAUGCAGUAAUCAUAUUAAUCUUCAAGAUGAAGUCGACCAAACGGUUAUACAUGAGCUAAUUCAUGCAUAUGAUGAUUGUCGCGCCGCAAACUUGGACUGGACUAAUUGUGCUCAUCAUGCCUGUAGCGAGAUUCGUGCUGGCCAUCUUAGCGGUGAUUGCCACUUCAAACGAGAGUUUUUGCGUGGUUAUAUGAAGAUACGAGGCCAUGAACAAAUGAAAGGGUUGGGGAAUGCUAACGCAGUUUUCCAGUUGUAAUUCAUUGGAAGGAAUUUUUGGACGUACUAGCCUCCUAAUAAACACUGCUUUGUGGCACCCCAAAAUGUUGCUUAAUAAACCAACAAAAAGAAUAUGUGUUGUUGUGGACCCUGUAUGUUGAGGACUGCGCUCUGAGGGCUAUGUUGAAGGAGUCUUCUUGUUGCAACAAAUUAUAGUUCACCGUAGCAAAAGCUAAUGCAUAACAAAUGAACAAGGUAUUUUCAUAUUAAGACAAUCAUUACUUCAAAGCAAGACUGUUGUAGAAGGCACCUUUCAUCCUUUGGUUCAGGAUUAGACUCUUUUCCCCUCCCUUUUAUUUGUUUAGUUUUUUUAAUCUGAUCUAUACGAGAUGCUGUAUUUUUUGGUGAAAUCGAUAGCCCAAUGAUCGAGUUGCAGGGAUGCAACAUAGAUGUUACAUGUUCAAUUUCUAGAAUAGCCUAAUGUGGGGGGUAAAUCUGCGUACAUCCUGUACGUCCCCGACUCUGCCCAUUGCGGGAGCCUUGUGCGCAUGAGUUGUUUACCAAUCUAUACGGAAUGCUGUAGCUAGAAUUAUUAUUUUCUCAAACUUAGCCUAACUUCUGGCUAAAUAGUAAACUAGAAAUGUCUAAAUACAGUUUACAGAGGCUAGCAUAGUUUAUAGACAGUUAUAUAGUUCUAAUAUGUUGCUUUGGAGGAUCCACAAACAUCUAAUGAAGUUCCUUUGCCUUCAUGUUUGCGGUUCUCUCCUGCCAACAAAUAUUUCUAUGUGGAGGAAUCUUUUUUCGAAUGGAAUAUAAGCGGAACGACGCUGUAAGUAGUAGACUUUGUACCGUAGUGGACUGAUAGGUCAAGUGCAAAAUGCUAUAAGCUCUCUCUGUCUUCUUUUAUGAUGAGAAACGUAGAAAUUAGUGCAUCACUUUAAUAACUUUAAUAAGUUUCUUCAUCUUAUGAAUACUAAGCCAUAUGCGGAAUUGGAACAAGGGGUCACCAGGUUGAAAGAAUCGGAACAUGAUGUUUACCAAGUUGAAAGUGGAAUCAAUCAUAAGAAAAAGAUAAGAGGAAAGAAAGAAAGAGGCAUCACCAUAUAUACUUGUGUGUUGUUCCUGCUUAGGUUUGUAUUCAACAAUUCCUUUUGUUUUGUCAUGACUAGUCAGCAUAGAGUAACAUCAAAGCAUCCUUUUCUGAAAGACACUGAUUAUAAAUAGUCUAGACUCCAGAGAGGAAGUAAGCUUCUAUAAAUAAUAUGACAAUGGAGCUACAGAUGCCACUUUCUUUUCACAUUUAAUCUUUUUCCUGUGCACAUUUCCCCUGUUAACUUUUGUCGUAUACUAUGGCGCACUGAUUUAAUUCUUUAUCCUUACGCUUUACAUAUGCUUUACUCGGGCAACAUGGUGGUCAUCUAAUAUUAUUUCAAAACUUUCUGCCAACUAUGUGUCUAUU